AUGUAUAACGCCAUAACGGACCACACGGAACACACGUCUCCUCAAAGGAAGAAAGCGACACCGGCAUGCCAAAAAUGCCGUGUCCUCAAGGUGAAAUGUGUUCAAUCCGGAGAGGGACAGCCUUAUGUGCCAGAUCAAACUCUCAAUGUGUUUUUCCAGCGCCCAGACAGCGACCUCGAGUUUUACAACGAGCGAAACCGUAAGGUUGGGGAACGAAGGCGUCUGGUCGAUCUUGAGUCCAAACUCACCAAUAUCAUCGGGCUGCUUUCGCGGUCGAAGGGUCCCGUGGCCGAAAUGCCAUCCCCGCUUGAUGAGAAUUCCGGACCGCCUGCCAUGCCCGAAUAUCCCGAUGACAGGCCGGGCCAAACAGUCGAGUGGAUGAGCGAAGCCUUUCUUCCUGAUUCUGCAAUUGCUGCCGGCCCGAAGUCAAGCGAGGACCAGAAUGCCCUAGAAUCUCCGCGGGACGCACCCACUGCCAUAGACACCGCGUGGAUCACCAACACAGGACUCAACCCCGUCGUCCUCGAGCAUCUUCUAGACAGAUUCCGCGGCAUGGCGGCCUAUUUUCCAUUCGUGCGGCUUCCAUGCGUCUGUACCGCUGCAUCAAUGGCUGAAAGUCGCCCCUUCCUGUUGCUUGCCGCUGUUGGUGUCGCCUCGUCAGAUUAUUGUCAUCUUCAACACGCUCUCAUCGGACAGUUCAAGCAAUCCCUGAGCGAGCGGGCUAUCCUAGCUGGCGAGAAGAAUCUAGACCUGCUGCAGGGAUUACUUGUCCAUCUUGCCUGGUUCCAUUUCUCCUUCAUCCCAGGAAGCCAGCAAGCCUACCAGUACCUGCAAAUUGCAAUCAGCAUGGUCAUCGAUCUGCGACUCGAUCAACAGACUGCCGACGUGGUUGAGCAACGGAAUGAACUCACCGAUGUCUAUGCUCGGGAUGCAUGCCGUGCUUAUCUGGGCUGCUAUUACAUGUCUAGCAUAAUAGCAAUGUCCUCGGGAAAGCCUAACAAUCUCCGCUUCCACAAGGACAUGCUCCGAUGCGCGAAGAUGCUGCACCAGGAACCAGAACCGGAAUUUGAGACUGACAACUUGCUAUAUCCGAUCACACAGGUAUUGCAGUUUAAUGAGGACGUGUGCGACACUCAUCGUUUGGCUGACUUGGGAUCUGCAGUGUUGCUGAUUGACCGCUAUUAUGCCGUCAAGAUUCGCAUUGAAGAGAUGGGCUUGGUAUAUUGCUACGGGCAGAGAAGACCCCCAUCUCGAAUGGCACAGAGAGAGUUGACCAUCUUGGCUGCACAUCCAAUGGUCAUCAGUCACUUGACUGAUUGUGUGAGUUCUGCCAAAGACUAUCUCGAUAUCUUUUGCGCCCUUCCGGCUGCGGCGCAAUGUCGCUUGCCAUUUACUACCUGGUAUCAGGUUGUUCUGGCGGUCUUUGUGCUCUACAGGCUGUCCGUGGGACUGCCCGAAGUACCGCAGUGGAACGUUGACAUCGCACGGCAAACCGUGGAUCUACAAGAAUGCACCGAUCAACUUCUGUCUCAUCUGCAGGGUUUCGCGCCUUUGUCGGACCGACAGAUACCCACCACGAGUCUCUUUUCGAGGAUGCCCGAGAUCAUGCAAAGUGUAAGAACUUCUUAUGCGUUGGCGAAGGAGAAUGGCGCACCAGUUCGGGAUAGCCGCCAUGCGCACCACGACCUCGCGUCUGUGAAUCGCACAGCCUCCUCUACUCCAGGGCUGCACCGCUGUCCGGCCGUGCGGUAUUCUAGCCGUUCCGUUGCCCCGGAGCUGGAUCUACCUACACUGCAGAGCGCGAUUGCUGCGGAAGUCCGGAGCAUCGAAGAUGAAAAGCUAUGGGGCGAUCUAUUCCUGAUGGAUACACUCUCUAGCAUGACAGGUUCAUCCUCGAUCGGAUUGUGA